AUGCCUUUCGCCUGUGUCAUUGCACCGUCAGACGCGCUUCAGAUUCUUCAGCGGCUUGAACAUGCCAUGCUGGAGAGUUACGCCUUGGGCAGCCCAAACACAGAUCACCUCAUCAGCCUCUCCCGGCUCAACAUCCACAAAGCCAUCGACGUCAAUAUCCGCGCGGUGGGCAUGGAUCCCUCGUGGAUGACAAGCGACGACAGCACAUCCAUCUUCAACAAAGAUGAUGCACAGUUGCCAGCCCAUGCAAUCCCGCCGAGUCUCGCUCCCACGGAAAUCCAGAGAACCGUCCCUCACCACCCUUGGCUGGACAUAUUCCCGUUCCCUUCGUUGCGAGACUUUCUCAUCUCGGCCGCAGAUGAGCUCGACGAUGAGACGCUUUGCCACGACAUGUGCGCAUUUUGGGACACGAGAAACAGCGGCGCCUGCUUGAUGAUUGACCUGCGUGUCGGACGCGUGCUGCUUGUGCAGGCUGAGGGCGCAGAUCACGACCCGGGGCGCUAUGGGAGGUGA